GGUUUUGUUGACACUCAAAUCUUGAAAAAAAAAAAAAAAAACAGAACAAGUCAGUACUCUCAUUAGAUAGUUUCUAUUGUGAGACAAAGAUUGCAUCUUUGAUUUUUUUUCUAACCAAGCUAAGCCCAGAAAUGGGCAAUUGUGAUUUUCUGUUAAUCCUUUUCAUUUUGCUUGGUUUCUCAUCUUACUCAAGAACUGUACGUGGGAAUGCAGAGCUCCGAGCUUUAAUGGAUAUAAAGUAUGUUUUAGACCCUGAAAAUAAGGUCCUUUCUUCAUGGACUAAUAAUGUUGAUCCUUGUGAAGGUAGUUUUAUGGGUGUAGCUUGCAAUGAGCACCGGAAAGUGGCAAAUAUAUCAUUGCAGGGUAAAGGGCUCACCGGAAAAGUACCGCCGGAGCUGGCCGAAUUCAAGUGCUUGUCAGGAUUGUACUUGCAUUAUAAUUCUUUGACCGGAGAAAUACCUAAAGAGAUCGCUAAUCUAUCAGAGCUGGUUGAUCUUUAUCUGGAUGUGAAUAAUCUUUCUGGGAAUAUACCUCCUGAGCUAGGAAGCAUGGCCAGUCUUCAAGUGUUGCAGUUGUCUGGUAACCAGUUGACAGGGAGCAUACCAACCGAACUUGGGUCCUUGAAGAAACUCACUGUGCUUGGAUUAGAGCAUAAUUUGUUGUCCGGACCCAUUCCUGCUAGUUUAGGAAAUUUGGGAAUGCUAAAAAUGCUUCAUUUAGGCUUCAAUCAGCUGUCUGGUCCAAUCCCUAUUCGAUUAGCUAAAUCUCCUCAAUUGGAGGUUUUAGAAGUGCAAAAUAAUACCCUUUCUGGUGUUGUACCUAAUGAUCUGCAGAGGCUAAAUCAGAGUUUUCGUUUCGACAAUAAUCCGGGUUUAUGUGGUUUUGGCUUCUCUUCUCUGAGAACUUGCACUGCCUGGGAUAAUGGGAAUAUCAAUCAAGUGGAUCCCUUACUGCCCUUAGCCAACAAUACUGAUGAUUCUUUGCUUCCUAAAUCUGCUAAUGUUCAUGUGCAUUGUUAUCACACCCAUUGCUCAAAUCCUUCUAAGGCUCCAAGAGUAGCAAGAAUAGCCAUUGUUGCCGCGGUAACUUCUGUCACAAUGGCGCUGACUAUCGCAGUAUUUGUGCUUAUUUUUCGCUCUCGUCGUGGUAAACAAAGGAUUGGGAUCACGUCCGAGGUUUCUGAUGAUCGUUACAGCGUUGAGCAGGCGAAAGAGCCUAACAGGAGCCCCUCAACACUGGCUUCUCUUGAGUACUCCAAAGGAUGGGAUAUGAUGGGGGAGCAGAGUUGCCAUGGCUUCUGCUCUACAGAUCUCCUACCAGGCCUUAAAUUUAAUUUGGAAGAAAUUGAAUCAGCAACUCAGCAUUUCUCAGAGAUGAGUCUGCUGGGGAAAAGCAAAGUUUCUUCUGUUUACAAAGGAAUUCUAAAAGAUGGUUCCUUAGUUGCUGUAAAGAGCAUCAAUGUGACUAGCUGCAAGUCUGAAGAAGCUGAAUUCAUGAAAGGGCUGGACUUAUUGACCUCCCUGAAGCAUCAUAAUCUUGUCAGGCUUAAGGGAUUCUGCUGUUCAAAAGGCCGAGGGGAAUGCUUCCUCAUCUACGAUUUCGCUUCCAAAGGUGAUCUGUCUCAGUAUCUUGAUGUGCAAGAUGGAAAUCCCAACUUUCUCAAUUGGCCAACCAGAGUUUCUAUAAUCAAUGGCAUUGCAAAAGGUAUAGGAUAUCUGCACGGCGAUGAACCAAACAAGCCUCCCAUGGUUCACCAGAACAUAUCAGUGGAGAAAGUCUUAGUUGAUGAUAACUUCACCCCAUUAAUAUCCGACUGUGGACUCCUAAAACUCCUAGCAGAUGAUGUUGUGUACUCCGCCCUCAAGGUCAGCGCUGCACUCGGGUACAUGGCACCCGAGUACAUCACCACUGGCCGGUUUACUGAGAAGAGCGAUGUGUAUGCAUUCGGUGUUAUUAUCCUUCAGAUACUCUCUGGUAAACGGAAACUGACCAAUUCGAUCCUACUGGAAGCCGAAUCAUGCAGAUUCGAGGAUUUCAUUGAUUCUAAUCUCCAAGGAAACUAUUCACGCACUGAGGCAAGCAUACUCACUAAAAUUGCCCUGGAUUGCACGCAUGAACUUCCAGACAACAGGCCAACAAUUGCUUCUGUUAUCAACGAGCUGAGCAGGUCUAAUGAUGGCUGACUGCCAGGGGUCCAUUCAGUCCGAGAUGUUGCAGAUUAUACGGAAGAACGCGGAAACUAAAGCUGGUUAUUCUCAGUUGAGCAUGGUCCAUGAUCAUAACAGUUUGCCUUGGUUACUAGAGCUCGCCCUGCUUCUGUCAGGUCUGGGUAUUUUCAGAUGAUGAUGUACAGAGAUCGUCUUCCUCCACUUCAUAUGUUUUCUUAGAAGUGAAAUAAAUAGGAUGAGGUAGCUUUGGCUCCCAGGAUAUUCAGAUUAGAGAGGAUUGUAUUCUAUGCCGGAUUGCAGAUGCUAGAAAUUUCAGGCUCUCAUUCUCCUUCCAUUUUGGAUUGCACAGGGUAAAAAUACUGAUCUCUAUUAUGAACCGACGCGAUUAGGAUGGAAGUAGAUGUGAGAGUUUCUAGGUUAAUUUUGUAAGACACUGUCAGAAUACUGAUGUUUGCUUUUGCUAAUCGGGCUAAAACUAACUCCAUGCUUGUAUGACUGUAAAAGCAAGCUAUUCUUAAUUUUUUCAUUUAUCCCAUACAUAACCAGGAG